CCAACACUGUGGACCCAUGAGUUCUCCCUCGCAGAUCGCGUCGCGCUUAUUUCGGGGGGACAUGGGGGGCUAGGACUAGACGCUGCCCUCGCGUUGGUCGAAGCAGGUGCGCGAGCGGUAUAUUGCGCCGACCUUCCUAGCGAGCCCGAUGCUCGGUGGACCAAGGUGCGCGAUUACGCCUCCCGGAUGGAGGGCACUGGCGGAGAGGCGCGCUUGGAGUAUGUGAGUGCCGACGUGCGGGACCAGGAAGGGAUGCUCAAGCUGGGCGAGAUGAUUGGGGGCAGGGAGGGCCGUCUGGACAUUGGCAUCGCUGCGGCGGGGAUCCUACCGGAUCCCGCGCAUUGUCUCGAUAUACGGGGCGAGGAAUUUCAAGCGGUCAUGGCCACGAACGUGAGCGGGGCGCUGUUCACCGCCCAAGCUGCAGGCCGGCAGAUGCGGCGUUUCGGGCUUGGGGGAAGUAUCAUCCUCAUCGCGAGCAUCGCUGGACGUGAAGCCUUCCAAGGCCACCCCAUAGCGCACUACCACACGUCGAAAGCGGCCGUGCUCCAAAUGACUCGCAGCCUCGCAUGCGAGCUUGCGUCGGAAUCCAUCCGAGUGAACUCGAUCAGCCCGGGAUUCAUGCACACGAACUUCAUUAAGCCCUAUCUGGACGCACGGCCCCAGUACGCGGAGGAAUGGGGGCGGCUGAACCCGCUUGGCCGGUUAGGAACGGGGCACGACCUGAGAGGCGCGGUCGUGUGGCUCGCGAGUGACGCAAGUUCGUUCUGUACGGGUAGCGAUAUCGUUGUGGACGGUGGGCACACCGCGUGGUGA